AUGUCCUCUACAGACGGAGUGGUAUGCAGCGAAGCUGACCGUCUGAGGGCCUCGCAAGAUGCAUCCCAAAUCCACUGUCUAACUCGAGGAGAGUCACUUGGCGUGAUGCUCAUCGCAGAAACGGGCGUCCUCUCUCUCCUGGCGGUGAUAUAUGUCUUCGGUAUCAUUAUUCGCAACAUAUUUCGUCGGAGACGUCUCUCGGAAGAGUGGAAAGUGUUUGAAGAGCCUACCGAUCUGUUACUGGCAAGCUUGUUUGCAAUAGACGGGAUUCAGGCCGUAGGUGCAAUUAUUAACGUGGUAUGGCUGCAUCGAGGGAAGGUCGAGACCGGGCCUUUCUGCGAGGCGCAAGGAAUUUUCAAGCAAUACGGAGAAGUUGGCGUGGCUUUCAACACCAUUCUUAUUGCCCUCUACACAUUUAUCGCAUUGUGGGGAGGGAGAAAGAUUCGGUCGAUGCUCAAGACCGCCAUCCUCGUAUUCUUGGCCUGGUUGGCCCCUCUCAUCCUCGUUCUGAUCGGUAAUCUUACCACUCAAGACUUCCAUGGCCCCGUUCCCCUUUGGUGCUGGAUCACCAAGCGCCAUCCUGUCUGGCGUAUUAUGGGCGAGUACCUGUGGAUGUGGUUGGGGCUCGCCAUCUGCAUCCUCAUGUACAUCCCCAUCUACUUCUGGAAUCGAGGCAACUUCGUACCCCAAGACAAGUGGUGGAAGGUCCGAGUUCGGUCCACCAGAUGUUCGCCCAUCGACUCGGAACUCAGGCGAAAAGCUUCAAUCAUGCUACUCUAUCCUCUCGCUUAUUCCAUUGUGGUCCUCCCGCUCAGCAUCAUUCGCUGGAUCACCUUUGAUAGGGAGAAGAAGGGGUAUUCGGAGCCUACGAUGGCCACUGCAGCGACGGUACUGGCAGGUGUGCUCUUCGCCUCGAGCGGUUUCUUGAACGUCAUCCUCUACCUUCGGACUCGCCCGGAUACUGCAUUAUUUGGUGGACGGUAUCGCGAAGGUCCAAGGCUACCCUCAACAGUGGGAGGUCCACGAACCUCGACAUGGAGUGCGAAGCCUUCCCGGUCCAUCAGCGACUCUCCUGCGAGUUACAUUUGCCCCGAUGACCGGGACUCCGAGUUGGAUGAUUUCGGGAGGGCACCUCCAAGUAUCACUCGAUGA